GUUCUAUGAUCGAACAGCCGGCACUGAAGUGUUGUCCCACAGUCAUCUGUUUAUCGCACGGCUGACAUCUUCACAUGUUUGUAUUGCUGUUGUGACUAUAUGUGCUGUGUUAUUCAAUUAGAUCUGUGCUGCCUAAAUACUUAUAUACUUGAAGGAUAAAAGAAACUGUAAUUUAAGUACUAUUAUAGGAGUGCGAUGACGGUAUCAUCUCAUUGACGCGACAGAUAGUUAUCCAAACAAUUCACUAUGUUUCGUCUGGCAUGUCUUCAACUUUCCCUUCGAGGAGACAAAACCGCAUCGCUAGCGCAUGCCCGCGCAAUGAUCGAUACGGCAGUGAAAGGCGGCGCACAACUGGUAUGCCUCUCCGAGUGUUUCGCUUUUCCCUAUGGACCACAAUAUUUCAGGCCAAACGCUGAAACGAUUCCUGAAGGAGAAACGUGUAAAAUGCUCAAGAAUGCUGCUGCAGAAAAUAAAGUCUUUGUCGUGGGAGGCAGUCUUUCAGAAAAAGACUCAAGUGAUCGCUUAUACAAUACCUGCGUCGUCUUCGACCCAAAGGGAACACUAGUGGCGAAACAUCGCAAGGUACACCUUUUCGAUAUCGACAUUCCUGGAAAAAUCACGUUUAAAGAAAGCGAAUCAUUUACCGCCGGCGAUACGCUCACAACUUUUGAUACCCCUUUCUGCAAGGUGGGUCUGGGAAUCUGCUAUGACAUUCGUUUUGCACCUAUGGCGCAACUCUAUCGAGCCAGAGGCUGUCAAUUGCUACUUUACCCUGGCGCCUUUAAUAUGAUCACUGGGCCCCUAAACUGGGAACUGCUGUGUAGAGCACGCGCCGUCGAUAACCAGUUGUAUGUAGCAGGUAUUUCACCUGCACGCGACCCUUCAGCUUCUUAUGUGGCAUUCGGCCACACGAUGGUGGUUGGUCCCCGAGGAACUGUUAUCGCCCAAACGCAAGAAAAAGAAGAUAUUGUCUAUGCUAAUAUCGAACUUGACGAGGUAACGACAACUCGUGAAAACAUUCCAAUUGGUCAACAAGUUCGCACCGACCUCUAUAAAAUCGUAGACAAGAAGCCUGCCUUAUAGUUCUACUUAUAGUUCUUAUACAUCUAAAAUUUUUAAAUAACUGACGAAUAGUCGUACACGAUAGACAUAUAUUAUUCUGUGAUCAUCUUAUAAACAUUAAGUUAUCAACCUGACCAAACGAAUAAUAAUUCGCAUGUUGUCACCAUAAGCUGAUACGCAUCUUUUCGAGUAACUUUGACAGAAUUAGUAAAGGCCAUCGCCAUCGUAUUAUUCUACUUUAAUAUAAUUAAAAAAAAUCACCUUUGUAUAACAAAGGACGAGCUUGUAUGAAGUACGAAGAACAACUUUAUCCAACGCCAUUUUGUUAAUAAAGGCACUAACUUGAAAUGUAAUAUAAGUGAGUAAAAGAUGCCCUAGUCAUUGGUGUAAUAUAUCGUCGAAUGGUACAUUUAAGACAAAAUAAGGAUGGUAUUUCGGUAACUAACAACACUGGCAGAUUUACUUUUCAUAUAGAAAUAACCUCAUAUAUACGAGGCUGGCGUGCGACAACAGUUAUCGAAGCCCUACCAGUUUCAUCUACAGAUGGUCUGAAACUGAUAGGACUGCUAAAUACUUAGCCAUUUCGACGGGUACGCCAGACCAAUAGUAAUUUUUAUAUUCUAUAC